GUACCGUUAUUAAUAUUUAUUCACCUCUCGGGCUCCUCUAAAUCUCAGGGAAGGAUCAGUGUGCGGAAACAGCAGCAUGGCGAAGGCGGCGAGAAAACACCGUCAUAAAAGCCUUAUCUCCGGCGAAGAAAGUUUGUUCUGCAUGUGUCACCGUGUUUAAACAGCCACAGAUAAAUAGAGUGAAGCAUGAAAGCCAAAUCCAGCCCAGUAUCGAUCUGGUCAAACAUCCACCCGGUCCUCCCAGCCUCUCCUCUGAUGUCACCACAUUAUCAGUGAACUAUGUCCAUGGGAACGAAAGCAUCGGCCAUGGCGAGUGAUGCACGCUGCAAGAGGUGUGUGCGUUUAGUGUAAGCGAGGGCCAUCGGUGUGUGCGGGCGGAGAGAGAGUCGGAGCCCGAGCCCCCAGCACAGAGCAUGCCUCUGCGUCCGGCAGCCGGCAAACAUGAGCCACCCAGCUCUCCACGGCAGGACCAGCAGCAGCAGCAGCAGCAGCAGUGGCGGCAGCACUCACACACACACGCUCUCUCACACCCUUACACACACACCGCGAACGGCAGCCAGGGGGGCAGCACUGACAGCGGCAGCUCGCGGGAAGAGGACAGCGGCAUUCCUGCGUUCGGUCCCACUGCAGAGCGGAGCCACGGCGCACGAGCACCAAUGGAGGAACCGACUGGCAACACAGUGGUCAUCCGCAUUGGAAUCCCAGACCUGCAACAGACGAAAUGCUUGAAAUUCAACGUGGACGCUCCUAUCUGGCGCUCCAAACAGCGGAUCCUGUGUACCCUCAACCAGAGCCUGAAGGAUGUACUCAACUACGGCUUAUUUCAGCCAGCUUACAACGGCAAGGCUGGCAAGUUCCUGGAUGAGGAAAGGCAGCUGAGGGAAUACCCCUUCCCAUCUAUCGCUCCUGUACCAUACCUCGAGUUCCGUUACAAACGACGUGUUUACACUCAGUCUCACCUGGAUGAAAAGCAGCUCUUGAAACUCCACACAAAGGCCAACCUGAAGAAGUUUAUGGAGUAUGUGCAGCAGAGGAACACUGAAAAGGUCUCCAGGUUUUUGGAUAAAGGGCUGGAUCCAAACUUCCAUGAUCCGGACACAGGAGAAUGUCCUCUGACACUGGCGGCACAGCUGGAGGGAUGUGCAGAACUCAUCAAGGUGCUGAAGAGCGGAGGGGCGCAUCUGGACUACAGAACAAAAGACGGAAUUACGGCCCUCCACAAGGCUGUGCGAAGCAAGAACCACACUGCACUUAUAACACUUUUAGACCUGGGUGCAUCACCUGACUAUAAAGACAGCAGGGGCCUGACUCCUCUUUACCACAGCUCUAUGGUGGGAGGAGACCCCUAUUGCUGUGAGCUGCUUCUGCAUGAUCAUGCGCUGGUUGGCUGCGUGGACGAGAACGGAUGGCAGGAGAUUCACCAGGCGUGCCGCUACGGUCACGUGCAGCACCUGGAGCAUCUGCUGUUCUACGGCGCUGAGAUGAGCGCCCAGAACGCAUCUGGGAACACAGCCCUGCAUGUGUGCGCGCUCUACAACCAGGACAGCUGUGCUCGAGUCCUUUUGUUUCGAGGAGCCAACAAGGAGAUCAAGAACUACAACAGCCAGACUGCUUUUCAGGUGGCUAUCAUCGCAGGGAACUUUGACCUGGCUGAGAUCAUCAAGGUCCACAAGACAUCAGAUGUUGUGCCUUUCAGGGAAACUCCCUCCUACACCAACAGGCGACGGGUCGCGCCUGGCACAAUGCCCUCCCCGCGGUCCCUGCUCCGCUCUGCCAGUGACAACAACCUGAACGGAGACCACGAUCACCUCCACACACAGAGUCCUCGGGAAAUUCGGGGGCGCCAGGGUCACUCUCCGGUCCCAUCGCUACGCAGCCUGCCGGCUUUUGGGCAGCAGCACAGCAGCCUCGGGGAGAGCCGUCAUGGAGAGAUCCCUGACAGUAGCAUUCUGAGCACAGGCAGCUCCAGGUCCUCUCACUCACGCUCACCUUCACUACAUCACCUGCAUGAGGACGACAAGCCGGUGCAGAGGAGGUCCCACAGCCACGGAUACCCUCACGGACACAGUCCUCGUGGGAGGCUCAGCCCCGGCUCAGUGCAGCGAGACCCCAGCCCCCCUCACCAUACCCCUCCAGCGCUGAUGGGCCCUCGUGGUCCCAAACGGAAACUCUACAGUGCAGUCCCCGGUCGGACCUUCAUUGUGGUCAAGCCCUACACGCCACAAGGGGAGGGAGAGAUCCAGCUCAAUCGUGGGGAGAGGGUCAAAGACUAUGACUCUAGUGAUAUAGAAGCCGUGCCAGAGGAGCAUCCUUAUGAUGAGAUCACAAUGGUGAAGGAAGACUUUUGUCAAGACUGGGAUGACGGUGACUCAGAUGUCUUUGAGGAUUAUGGAGUGUUGAGUAUCGGGGAAGGCGGAUUUUGGGAAGGCACGGUCAAAGGCAGGACGGGCUGGUUUCCGGCAGACUGUGUGGAGGAAGUUCAGAUGAGGCAGUAUGACCCGCGUCUAGAGACUCGAGAAGAUCGCACCAAGAGACUGUUCAGACACUACACUGUGGGUUCCUACGACAACUUCACCUCAUACAGCGACUACAUCAUAGAGGAGAAGAAUGCCGUGUUACAGAAGAAAGAAAACGAAGGCUUCGGCUUUGUCCUGCGUGGAGCCAAAGCUGAGACUCCCAUCGAAGAGUUCACACCUACCCCGGCGUUCCCUGCGCUGCAGUAUCUGGAGUCUGUGGACGUGGAGGGCGUGGCCUGGAGGUCGGGUUUGAGGACGGGAGACUUCCUCAUUGAGGUCAAUGGAGUGAAUGUGGUGAAAGUUGGCCACAAGCAAGUGGUGUCACUCAUCCGGCAAGGAGGCAACAGGCUUCUGAUGAAGGUGGUGUCGGUCUCACGCAAGCCGGAGUCUGAAGAGGUCGUGCGCAAAAAAGCUCCGCCACCACCCAAGAGAGCUCCCAGCACCACCCUGACUCUGCGCUCCAAGUCCAUGACCGCCGAACUCGAGGAGCUGGCUUCUGCUCGGAGAAGACGAGGAGAGCGGCUAGAUGAGAUGCUGGCGUCCCAGGAGUCUAUAUUACGUUCCCAACCCUUGGAGGCAGAUUACAGAGCAGCUACUGUCAAACAGAGGCCUACCAGCAGGAGAAUAACACCAGCAGAGAUCAGUUCACUGUUUGAGAGACAAGGGAUGACUCUUCAUGGAGGUCUGCAAGGCAUGGAGAGGGGUCAUAUACCAUUUCCAAAGGGGAUGUCAAGGACCAAAUCAUUUGGUGCUACUGAGGAGGAUCGGCUAUCUGCCCUGGCAGGUGAGCAUCGAUUCCCCCGAAGUUCCUCAAUGACAGACAGCCUUCGAGACCAGUCCAAGCCUCAUCCCAUCCCUCCCCCUCCACAGACUGCACCCCCUCCUCCUCCCUAUUACUACGACACUGGUCCGCCCCCGACGUUUUGUCCCCCACCUCCUCCAUCCAGAACUCAGAGUCAGGGCCACGACCCCGGGGGGCGUUCCAGUUUCAAGCCCUCCUCUUUAGAUCUGCCUUACGAGUCCGCUCAACGACAAGCGUCACACAUUGAAAGACAGAAAAAGGCGCGCUCGAUGAUUAUCCUUCAGGAUUCUUCCCAUCUGCCUGUAGAACCCACUGAAAUUACCCAUCCUUCUGUUGUGACGCCACCUGAGCGAAUCAAAAGGAAGGGCAGGGUUAUUGACAACCCCUAUGCUAAUGUGGGACAGUUUAGCAUUGGACUUUACACUCCCACCAAGCCUCAAAGGAAGAAAAGCCCCCUUGUGAAACAGUUACAGGUGGAAGAUGCACAAGAAAAAGCGAGUCUAGCCUUAGCAGCUGCCCAUUCACGGGAAAGCUCACCCUCAGGACGACACCCACAUCCCCACGGGCAGACACACACCAGCCGGGCGGACUACUACCAGCAGCAGCUGAUGGCUGAACAACACCGUAUUCGGGCCCACGGCGAGACAGUGCUUAAGGGAAAGGGUCCCUUCGCCGCUGCAAUAGCUGGAGCUGUGAAAGAUCGGGAGCGUCGCCUAGAAGAACGGAGGAAAUCCACUGUCUUCCUUUCUGUUGGAACAAUGGAGGGGACUUCUACCACCAGCUCUGAAGUUCCCUCUUUGACUCAGUCUCAUUCCAUUGACGAACGGUUGCUUACACGAGAGCUUGGCCAGCUUCCCCCUCCUGCCUUGGCACUUGGCCCCUUGCCUAGUGGGACCACCUUUAUUCAUCCCCUUACAGGAAAGCCCCUCGACCCUAACUCCCCAUUGGCUCUUGCGCUGGCCGCAAGGGAAAGGGCACUGAAUUCCCAAAGCCAGUCUCCUACUGGCAGCCCUGAGCCGAGGACUAAACAGGAGCGGGCAGGUCAGGGCAUAAUGUUUAUUGACACUCAGACCAAAGAGUCGCUACAUGGGGAAGGGCCGCCGUCAUCUCCUCCAUUUUCCUCAAAAGCUUCUAAGGCCUUUGGGGCUGGAUCUCUUCUAGCAUCUGUUUCUCAGCCUAGCAAAUCACAGUGGUCAGCAUCCCAAACAACGGUAUCCUUCCGAAAAGAGAUGGAGGCCAGAGUGGAAGAGAGGAAAGAGGAGAAAAAAAUUGACGAUAAGAAAAGCAUGUUGAUCAGUGUCAUGGACACAUCCCAGCAGAAAACAGCGGGGCUGGUCAUGGUCCAUGCUACCAGUAAUGGCCAAGCUGUUGGCGUGGGUGCAGAAACAGAACAGGCAGCUGCUCCAACAUCCAAAGACCCGAGCAAAUCGCCAAGUCCACGUGUCAAGUCCCCCACCCCAACUGUGUUCCAGCUCCAGGCUCAGCCGACUGCUCAAAGACCUGCAAGUCCAGCGCAAGACAAGAGUCUGGCUCAGGGAAGCUCAGAGGAGGAUGUGGAUGCAUAUACAGUGACUCUACCUCCUGCAAUGCUUUCAUCAAGUGAUGAGGAAACAAGAGAAGAGCUUCGUAAGAUUGGACUCGUUCCGCCUCCCAAUGAGUUUUCUAAUGGGCUGCUGGCACCGGCACAAAAUAUGGCGGCACCCCCAACUAAACAUGCCACCUCUCCAACCACCCCCACAACCAUCACGCCCCAAACCCCGUCUACGCCAACCACCUCUACCUUAACCCCCACCCAAAGUCAGCCUUCCCAGCUCAAACCUCUGUCUAGUGCAGCAGCCGUCUCAGGGAAGACCUCUGAGCCUUUAGAGCCCCCGCCAGUGGCUGAGUCUGGUUCUGCAGCUGACUCGGGCGUGGAGGAGGCUGACACACGCAGCUCCAGUGACAGAGAGCGAGACCACCACCUUGAGACCACCAGCACUGUCUCCACCGUAUCCAGCAUGUCCACAUUGUCCUCAGAAAGUGGCGAGCCUGCAGACACACACACGACACACACUUCCUAUGCCGAUGGGCAGACUUUUGUGCUCGACAAGCCACCAGUGCCUCCGAAACCACGACUCAAGUCCCAGAUAGGAGGCAGUAAGGGCUCUGUCACCUUCAGGGACCCUCUGUUAAAGCAGAGUUCAGACAGUGAGCUACUAUCACAACAACAAGCUGCAGCCCUGGCAGCUGCUGCUGCUGGAGGAGUGGGACUGCCCCCUGGUGGUUCAGCAUCAGUCACUGGACUUGCGCCUACUAAGCCGCGCUACCUCUUUCAGCGGCGGUCGAAACUGUGGGGGGACCCGGUGGAGUCAAGAGGGCCAGGAGUGGGACUUGGUAUUGGCAGUUUGGGCAACUUAGGAGGGUUGGGAUUGGGGUUGGGUAUGGAUGAAGGGUCAAAGCCGUCUGUAAUGGGGGAACUCAGUUCAAGACUUCAGCAGCUAAAUAAAGACACUAGGUCAUUGGGAGAGGAGCCACUGGGAACAUCUCUGGAUCCAGGGAGGAAGUCGCCUGUGGCAGGUGCCAGACUUUUCAGCAGCUUAGGUGAACUUCACACCAUUUCUCAGAGAAGCUACGGCACCACAUUCACCAUCCGCCCCGGCAGCCGCUACCCCAUCACACGCCGCAGUCCCAGCCCGGGUUCGCCCGACCGCAGCGAUCCCCUCGGACGAUACUCAAGCUUCGGCCUGCCCACCUCUCCGAUCACGUCGCCACACACCAUCCUAAAAUCCUCCAGCCUCAGUCUACCCCAAGAGCCCAAAGAGGUCCGCUUUGUAAUGAGGAGCUCGAGCGCACGCUCGCGCUCUCCGUCGCCAUCGCCUUCUCAUUCUCCCGGACUGGGGUCGCCCCUGCUGGCCCUUCGACCCUUCCACCAGAAACCCCUUCACCUGUGGAAUAAGUACGACGUAGGAGACUGGCUGGAGAGCAUCAAUCUGGGUGAGCACAGAGCGGGAUUUCAGGAGCAUGAGAUCGAAGGCUCUCACCUCCCGGCGCUGACCAAGGAUGACUUCGCGGAGCUGGGAGUUAUACGAGUCGGGCACCGCAUGAACAUCGAACGGGCACUUAAGCAGCUACUGGAGAGCUGACCCCUGCUCUCCGACACGGAGAGCUAUGAUGAGUAGAGGUGCGAGGUGAGGAAUCCCACAUGGCUCCUGUUGGUUUAUCUCUUGCGUUGAAAUUCAGCAGCCCUCACCACACGUGAGGAGCUGUCCUCCCUUCAGUGUCUGCCAACCUCGAUGCCUGGCGCCGGCAGGACGAGACCCAAACCUGCUUCACCGAGGGAGACUCGACGUGAUCCACUUCAAAACUGUGUUUGCGGAAUGCUUCAGUAACCACCCACGCGACUCUAUCAGGACUCAGAUCCUCUCUACCUCUAUCCCAACAUCCUGGAGGCCUCUGCAAAGCCUUUAGCAGUUCGAACGAAGGAGUAGGAGGAGACAGAUGAGUUUCGGAAAAGCUCAGUUGCCUUCAAAAAAAAAAAUUAUUUGUUACACAGAGGUCGACGACGGUGAACAUUCGGAGGCGCGCCUUCUCUAUAUCUGCUGUUUGUAAACUUCUGAGCCCAGAGGCGGAGCUCCGCAGAGAGGACCACGGGGAUGCCCCUCCGCCUCGGUACCCAAACUGUGCUAUCGAUUAUAUACGGAGAAUGUUUAACCAACACUCGUGGCUUUUUUCAUAAUCCUCUUUUUUCCAAAGGGAAUAAUACAAAUUAUAUAUAUCUAUAUCUAUAUACCUAUAUAGAUAUAUGGAUAUAUAUAUAUAUGAAGAGAAUAUAAAUAUGUAUCUAAAUAGCUUUUAGAGAAAAGUUACAUGCAGAGGAAAAUGUAUUCAACUGCACUUGUUUUCAUUUAGAAAAGAAGGCAAAGAGGAUUCUAUUCCACAAAUAGUUUACUCAUUUCUACCACUUAUAUACCUAUAUCUAUAAAUAUAUAUAUAUAUUUGAGAGGUUCAAAAAAGAUAUAGAUAUUCAAAACCAAGAAUCUUUGUCAUACAGAUUUUCUUUUUCUUAAACCGUAGCAUGAUAAGUCACUUCAUGUCGGACACAACAGAGAUUUGAGUCGAGUGAUUUUUUUAUUUUUAUUUUUUUUUUUUUUUAUUAUGGUCUUCCUUCAUACAAAGGGCAUCCCGAAAUGUGAGGCAGAGAACCCAGCCGGACGUCCAGUCUCACCGCUGAGACGCAGACAAGAACACUAGAGAUCAGUUUCCCCUAAAGCAGAAGGGGUCAAAAGGGGGGCAGAACAUAAAGAUGUUUUUGUGUGAACUUGUGAGGACGUUAUGAAAAGUCAGAAAGCGUGCUGCAACAUUUGUUGACAACAAAACAAGUUGACAUCUUGACUACUUUUGAAGUAAAACUUGAACGUAAUUGUUUGGGUUCGGUUUUGAAUGUUAGCAGUGAUUCAAGUGUUGCAGUGUAUUAUGGGCCUGGAGUGGUUGAAGUGCUUUUUUUUUUUUUUUUUUAGCUGUGGCUCAUUAUGUCGCGGGUGAUACACAACGUGAAGAAAAUAAUACAGACGUUUGAGUCCAGCGGUGAGAAUGGCGCCCCCUAUGGGAGCUCUCGAAAAAAAAGGGCCUCUGCAAACUUGCUGCUACUUUGUAUCUUUAGACUUUAUGAGUGAAUAACAUUAUCAGAAACAAGGCAGGCUACGUAAAGGUGAGCGCCAGAGGGUUUCAGUUGUACAAAUAAGUAGCGUUUGCUGGCAGUAUGUGUCAUUCAGGCAACGGAAAUCAUAUCUGCAGUUUGAUGUAUUCAUUUUCUUUCUCUGCAAGUGAACCUUCGAUCAUCGGCAGAAUCGCUCUGCCGCGUCGUGUUCGCAGUUAGCGGGCGUUGAAAUGGCCGUGUUGGCCUCACGGCGCUCACUGUGACCUCACUUCAUCGUUGCUCCGUUUGGUUCGAGCUUUUCAUUUCCUCGACUCCGUUCAUCCGUCACCCUCAGACACUGUGGGUAGAUUUUGUAGCGUGUGAAUCAUGGUUCUUCACUCAUCGAGCUGUUGGAGUGGCAGACAGAGAAAAAAAAAAAAUCCAUUAUGACACUUGUAUAACUUUUAACGAAACAAACAAAUAUUUGCUUUUUUUAUAAUAAAAGAAUAACCCGUGUAUAUAUGAUAGAUUUCAUAUAAUUUUUUGGAAAAAGUAUACAGAUCUAUAUAUAUGAAUGUUUGGCAUAUAUGCAUAGUUAUAACCACCUGUGGAAAAAGGUGAGCAGAUUUUAUUCUUUCUAUGAACUUUUGAACUAGGGGAUGAUUUGCACAAAACAAGAUGACAAGGUGCUAACAUAAAAGCCACCCAUCGUCCGAGAAGCGCAUGCGUGCAUCUGGAUUCCCUGAAUCUAGCUGUUUGUUCCUCCUCACUGUGUGUGUGUGUGGCUGUGUGCGCGUGUGUGACCUUUGUACGUUUUAGAGUGAAUGCACAUGAAAUCUUUUGCCCAUUAGAGCCUUACUGGAGGGGCUGGAAAUACAAGAGCAGAAUAACACAAACAAUAUCUCUGCACUGACUGUGUGUGUGUGUGUGUGUGUGUGUGUGUGUGUGUGUGUCCGAUUUGUUCAGACUCCCGGACGACACCGUGGCCCAUCCUCUCCCCCAUCUAGCCUUUUUUUUUCCCCCUUUCAAAGUUUGGGAUACGAACAAAUACAACAGAACAAAAAAAAUGUGCCAAAAAAAUAAAGUGUAUAUUUGUCUUUAAUUUAGGACAGUUUCAACGUUUGAGACUCAAUAAUAUGGUGCCAUCUCCUGAAAACCUUGAGAACUACAGACAUUUGAUAGAUCUUUUAGUCUUCACCAUGCUCAGUGGGAGUCGGUACAUGCAGUAGAGGUGUGUACAAGUACACAGUCAAUAGAUCACCUGUGUGUACCUAAAGUGAGUGUUGCAUUGACAUUUAUUUUAGUGGAAUCAGUUUUGCUCCUGGAUAUAUUAUUAUGACAGAUGAAAGGCUGAAGAAACAAGUGUGUGUGUGUGUGUGUGCUGAACUUACACUGACCUGCUUGAGAACAGACAGCGCUGACUACAUUGUGAAAAUGAUGCUUCACGCACUUCAGUGAAGGUUGUCUUCUUUUUUUUUUUUGGUAUUCAACAAAGCACAAUCUAAAUACUGGGAAGGGUUCCGGGUGAGUGGGGGGGGGGGGUCACCUACUGAAACCAGUGAUCUUAUCAUCGACUUUACUCUCAUUGUUCUCCUUGUUUGCACUGUGAAGUAGAAUGGUGGAUGUAUCACUGCAACACCUCAGCCUUGUCUCCCGUCGGCCUCCCUCAUGUCCUCUAAAUUUAGGACCCUUGACAUUUUAAACAAGCCCAACAGAUGACAAACGUGAAAGGCAGAAACUCCUCAGUCCUCGGUGCAGACUGAUGGCUGGUGUUUAAGAGGCAGUCUGAGCUGUUGCCUCAGAUAUCUCCACCACAGAGAUAUAUGUUUGUUAUAUUAUGUAAUAAAUUUAUAAUUAAAACACGAGUCGCUCCACUCUCUUAUGCCACCCGAUUCACAAACAUGUGAUCUUAACCCUUUUGAGCUCCUAGAAUCAUGUGUUUAUUUCAAUCUUUACCCAUUUUGUCUCUGAUUUUCCAUUUUCUUUUCCAUUCUAAUUCAAAUUACUCUCAAGGUAUCAUUUAAUUUAGAAAAUUUAAAAACAUUGGAUUAAAAAAAAAGUUUU